AUGCGGUAUAGCUACGCGCGGACGGCCGACAGCCGAGCGCGGCCGUCGCGGCGUAUUUUUAGCGGGCAGCGAGUGUCCGCGCGUCUCGCCAGCCCGACGCACGUUGCAGCCGAUCGAGGCGAGAGGGAAAGGCGAACCAUAGUGGACGGUGGCAGUGGUGGCAGUUCAGUUAGUGGUACGGUGGCAGAGAUGAUAGUGUUA